AUGAGUCACAGUUUUUACGACGUAGACUUUAGCGAAGAACUUAGUGGUCCUUCAGCCAAAAGAUUCAAAAUGAACAACCCUGACACACAAAAUAAUACUUUCCUUUUCACUUCCGAGUCCGUUGGUGAGGGACAUCCAGGUAAAUUUCAUUGUGGUGCUUGAAUUUUUAAUUGAUUUAUCGCGCCACGUUGGGAAUUGUACAGAAUUGCACUGUUUGGUGAUUUCCGUCCGACUCAAAUGCCUUACUAACUGUUGUUGUCUGUUAUUCACAGAUAAAAUUUGCGAUCAGGUCUCUGACGCUAUUCUGGACGCCCAUCUUAAGCAAGAUCCCGAUGCUAAAGUUGCGUGCGGUAAGGGCUUUAAAUUGGAGGUUUCGCUCGAUGCAUGCUUAUGAAGUAAAGGCGUUGUUGUGACUCGUCUAAGUUGAAAACUCAGUUUAAGUGUUCCAUAACUAUUUAACGGGUCACAGAAAAAGAAAAAAUAAAGUUGAGGGUGUCCCUUUGCCGAUAUAAAACUUGUCACUCCAGCAACAUUAAAAUGCGCUACCGAAUUCCGUAUCGGUGUACUUGAAGAGUGCUUGGAUAGUUUGUUGUCGACGUCGAGUUUUCUGCCAUGACAAAAGGCUUUAAAUUGGGGGCGAAAAAUUUAUUCUCUGUAUUUUUAAAGUUUUAUGAUCCUAUUUUCUGGCAGGUUUGGGACAAAUUUUUAUUGUUGAUGUACGUCAUUUUUUGAGAGUUCUUGGUAUAGCACUGCUCCGCGGUCGUUGAGGACAGACCAUGAGCGUAAUUUCCCGGGGUCGUGUGAAAUUGCGUAAUGCCAUGUUUAAUAUUCAUGUGACAAUAGGGUAAUAGGGUGUUUGGUUUUCUCGUUUUAACUGUUCUGCGCCGUUUUUUGUGUGUUUCUUAAGCCUAGCAAAAACUUGUCGCAUGAACGAGCGAUCUAUUUUUCCUCGUAAAGCGGUAUUAUCCUUGUUUUGUCCCGAAGUGGUCGUGUUUUGAUGCCGCCAAACCGGUUAUACGCAUCAAUAGUAAACAAGGCCCACGUUUCGUAUGUCACGUUCUGACCAUUGUUGUUUCUGCCUUAAAAUACUGUCCGCUUACAUUAAAACAUUGUUAUUCGCAGUCUGCAAAUUAAACUUUUUUGAAUAAUAUAUCUUGUUCCAACUGUUAUAAACUCAAUGGAACACAAAUACCCUAAGCUUGUUCCCACAAAUUUCUCUAUUUUUUAAGACCGGUUUCUAUCAACUGGAAAAGGAAUCCUGUCAGUCUAGUCGACAGAAAUAAAUAGAAAACACAUCAUGUGAAGAAACUGAUUUUUUCGCUAAGUAUUUUAAAGCGUGGCUUUAAAGUCUACCAAUGCAGCACGUAAGAUGUUGUUUCAUGCCUUUAAAAAACGAAUUUGAAGAAAAACUCUGGCACCACCUUUUAAAUAAUUUUAUUACAUCUAACUUCUCAGAAAAAGGAGAUCUUGAUUUAAUAUGCGAGAUGUCGAGAGAUCAACAAGAACAAACUAGCUAUUCAAGUUUGAUUAAAUUUCGUAUACUAAUUUGACAACAUUUUAUUUUGUAGAAACCGUUUCCAAGACAGGCAUGAUUCUUGUUUGUGGUGAAAUCACAUCUAAAGCCGUAGUUGACUACCAGACUGUUAUCCGUGAUACCAUAAAGAAGAUUGGUUAUGAUGACUCUAACAAAGGUAGGCAUGCCAUUGAUUUUAUGAAGAAGCAACACGAGUAGGUCCUGCUUUUUUGACCCCUUGACCUUCCGAAUUAGAUGUGAUGUAAUUUCUGAAAUGCAUUUUGCUUAAAUUUUUCUUAACUUUGAAUAAUUAACAACAAAUGCUAAGAACUGUGGCUAUCCUUCUCUUACAAAAUAUUGGCCUGAUCAUUUACUUUGAAAGAUAUUUUAAGGAUAUCAAAAUGGUCCUAGUGAAUUAAAUUGUCAAACAAUAGUUCAGCAAUAACUAGUAUAUACAUAUAUUUUCAAAUGUAAGUUACAUCUCAUAAAAGGUUAUUUUCUUAGGGUGAAUUUUUGUCUAUAUUUUAGAAGUAGAAUCAUUGAUAGUGUUGUUUGUUCAGGGUUUGACUACAAGACCUGCAAUGUGUUAGUUGCCCUUGAACAGCAGAGUCCUGACAUUGCCAUGGGAGUUCACACUGGAAGAAAUGAAGAAGACAUAGGGGCUGGUGACCAGGGACUUAUGUUUGGUUAUGCCACUGAUGAAACGGAAGAGCUUAUGCCCCUUACGGUUGUGUUAGCUCAUAAUCUCAACAAGAAACUUGCAGAGAAUAGGCGCAAUGGAACAAUGUCAUGGGUGCGACCUGACUCAAAGACCCAAGUUACGGUGGAGUAUAAGUCUGAGAAUGGAGCUGCUGUUCCCAUCAGAGUUCACACCAUUGUUAUUUCGGUUCAGCAUGAGCCCAAUAUCACCUUGGAUCAAAUGAGGAAACAACUGUAUGAGAAAGUCAUCAAGGUAAUAAUAUUUUUCACCUCUUCUUAAGUCAUGGCAGGAAUGCUUUUUUCUAUCAGUUACAGUAAAGUUUCGUUACUUUCAGUUUAGCACCCUUCUGCUAUCAUGUUUUGGGGGGGAAUCAUUACUUUUGGAUGGCUAAAAUAUGUACUCCACAUGGGCACUUCAGAAAAUAUAAUCGCAAAAAAAAAUGUGAAAGGAAUAGUAUUUGAAGAAAGGUUUUGUAUAUCGUGUACUUUAAAAGUUGUGAAUAGGAAUUUUGAAUAAUCAUUAUUAAUAAACCUCAGAUCGGUGUGGCAGUUGUUCAGGGUAUCUACCACGUCUGUUAUUUUUGUGUAAGGGUAAAGAAGUUUUGAGGUCUCUACUUUCAGGAUUUGCCAACACCUGUGACAUUUGAUCACUUCUUUCAAGGGUUAUUACUUUCAGAACUUAACGGUAUAUGACCUGCCAAAAUCAGUAAUUCAUUGCCAUAACUAUUGAACAAAGUGUAUGAAGGAAUUGAACUAGCUUCUUUUUCAUUACAAACAUCUAUCAUGUGUUUAAAUGUAGUCUUUCAUUUUACAAUGUUUUAACAAUGGCAAAAAACUUGUUAAAAAAAUUAAAUAAGAGUUUAAUGUUUAAGAAGUAGCGAUGCUAGAUGACCUGAGUAAUGAUUUGUUUCAUGUGUCUUGCAAAUUUUACAGACUGUUGUCCCUGCCAAGUACCUUGAUGAUGAUACAAUCUACCAUCUUCAACCUUCCGGUGCCUUUGUGAUCGGAGGUCCCCAAGGAGAUGCUGGUUUGACUGGAAGGAAGAUCAUUGUUGAUACCUAUGGCGGAUGGGGUGCUCAUGGUGGAGGUGCCUUCUCUGGAAAGGAUUUCUCAAAGGUUGGUUUUAGUACCGCCAUAGGAUAACUGUAAUUGGUUUAUCACCCCUUACGGUCAAGGUUCAAUUAAUACUGACAAUCUAACAAAAUUAAAAAACUAGCGGUUGGAUAACUUACAAAGACAUGGCGUAUAGGAUAGGAUCAUGGUAUUAUGGAAGUUAAAACUAUGUUGUUUAAAUUAAAUCUUCAACUGUAAGUAAAUAUUGAGGAGCUUCAUAUUCUAAGAUGAAUGCCACCCCUCAACCACUGUUUGUUUGUUUUUGUUGUUGCUUUGCUUUUUAAGCUCAGCAUUAAGUUUCUUUUAUGUUUUUGCAGGUCGACCGAUCUGGUGCAUAUGCUGCUCGGUGGAUUGCCAAGUCUCUUGUAGCAGCAGGUUUGUGCCGUCGUGCUCUUGUCCAAGUCUCCUACGCUAUUGGAAUUGCUGAACCCUUGUCAAUCACAGUGUUUUCUUAUGGAACUAGCAAAAAGAGUGAAGAUGAGCUCUUGAAGAUUGUUAAAGAUAACUUUGAUCUUCGCCCUGGCAUGAUUGUAAAGUAAGCAUUCAUUUUUCUAUUAAUUACUUUAGUUACGAUUCAUUUAAGCCCAUGAAUGGUAUCUUCAUUUGAGUUUAUAUGCACUGGGAGGUUAAAAAAUAAUCAAGUUUAGUGGCUGAGGGAGUGAGAUUUUAAGUUAAUCAAUUUUGUUGAAGCAAAUGUGUACAAAAACAAACAUUUCAUGGCUGUAAUACCUCGCACAACAAUAAUAAUGAUAACGAUAAUAAUAAUUAAUAUUAUUGUUGUGUGAGGCAUGUUUUGGUAGUGAUAAUCCCACCCCACUUCUUGCAGACAACUAGCUCUCUUCUAGACACUCAAGCCUCUGUUGGUCUUAAUGUCUCCCUCUAUAAUACAAACACGUUGGAGACUGAGUGGCAUAGGAUGUGGAUGACAUUAAGGUUGGCCACUUAAAUAGCGUUUCUGGAUUUUUAAUUCAUUGGUAUCUCUCAUUUUUUUAGGGAACUGGACUUGAAAAAACCAGUCUACCAAGAUACAUGCGUUUAUGGUCAUUUCAAGCCUGGCUUCACAUGGGAAGUCCCCAAGAAGCUUGUUUAUUAAAUAAGCUCUCCCAUUGAAACACUUGUAUUUCUGACCCUUGGAACGGUGAAGGAAGGUAUAACCACCUGGAGUAGACAAGAAUGAUUCAUACAUAAAAUGAUUCCUUCGCAACAAACAUUUGAAAGAAAUACGGACUUGAAAAAAUAUAACUGAAUUUUUGAAUAAUAUAGUUUCAACACAUUUAUGAACUCUAUUUUUUUUUCUCAAUCUGUAAAGAGGAUUGAAUGUAUUUGCAAGAGUCGUUCACACUGCUGUAAAAAUGCAAGCUCAUCUAGUAAGCAAAAGAAUGGAAGGGAUUUUAGAAGUAAAAAAGCAGGAGAACAUCAAUCUGUAUUGCAGAAUAUUAAAUUAUAUUGUUAUUUAUUUCUUAGGCCUCCUGAGCCUAUGAAUGUAGUUGAAGAAACGUUGCCGUGUUUUAAAGCGUUGCAAUAUUUCUUUCACAUUCUUUUACUAAGGUGUUGGUCGUGUUAUUUCCUUAGGCCUCCUGAGCCUAUGAAUGUAGUUGAAGAAACGUUGCUGUGUUUUAAAGCAUUGCAAUAUUUCUUUCACAUUCUUUUUUUAAGGUGUUGGUCAUGUCAUUUCCUUAGGCCUCCUGAGCCUAUGAGUGUAGUUAAGAAACGUUGCUGUGUCUUAAAGCAUUGCAAUAUUUCUUUCACACUCUUUAAUCUAGGUAGUAAUCAUAGAAUUUCCUUAGGCCUCCUGAGCCUAUGAAUGCAGGUAAAGAAACGUUGCUGUGUUUAAAUGCAUUGCAAUAUUUCUUUUGCAUUCUCUUGUUUCUCUAGACUUUUGCUUUGGUUUUUGUUGUUUGUUUUACUUUUUGUUUUGUUUGGUCCUAAAAAUCAUCUGAAUGUUUUUUAAAAAAAUAUUUUACCCAGUAAUGAAGCUGCAUUAAAGAACAGUCAUGGAGUUGUUUGGAACUCGAGUCUUGUCUUGUUAUUUUAGAUAUUGUAAGAACCCGCAU